AUGGGCGCCAUCUUAAGUCAACGAGGAGAGGAUAACCGCCUUCACCCAGUUGCAUAUAUGUCCAAGUCCUUUUCCGGAGCAGAAGCCAACUAUGACACCCAUGAUAAGGAGCUUCUAGCAAUUAUUAAAGCCCUGGAAGAAUGGCAAUACUGGAUGCAGGCUAGAACCUUCAAUCAAAGACACGCUAGAUGGCGCGGAAACCCUAUCAUCCAGUUCUUAACAGAGGACGCUGAUAAUGCACCACCUUCCAUCAGAAAAGCCUAUCGAGACUAUGACUGGGAAGAGGACCUCCUUUGGUACCGCGGAAAACUAGUUGUCCCAGAUUCGGAACCCCUCAAGGAGCGACUACUAAGGGAAUCCACGACUCCCCUUUGGCAGGACACCCCGGGCAACAACGGACCCUUGAACUACUGA